AUGACGUCCAUCGCCGCCGAGUCCGUUUCGACCAUCCUGGUGUCGUGUAAGCAGACCCGCUUCCACAUUGAAAGUCCAAACUACCGCGAGCUGGACAUUGAGGGUCUCAACAUUACCGUCACAUCUAGAGCCGCCGCAACUGGAAAGGGAAAGGGCAAGGGAAAGGCUGCGGCCGAAGGCACCGAGAUAUUGAACAAUGCCAAGCUGCGUCUCAAGGCCGGCAGCAGGUAUGCAUUGGUAGGGCGGAACGGAUCGGGGAAGUCCACCCUCCUCAAAGCCAUCGCCGAAAAAUUGAUACCCGGAAUUCCCGAAGAGACCCGUGUGUCUAUCUUGCAGCAGACCGACCUGAGUGAUGCCAACUCGGAUGACCUCCCCGCCGAUGGCUCCUCAGGUCGAGGCGGCCCAACCGUUCUCGAGGAUGUCGUCGACAAAGCGACAGCCAAGAGCGAGCUGGAGCAGGAAAUCGAGUUGCUCUCCGCGGGGGUAAGCAGCACCGAGCCCUAUGCCGCGCUUCAAGCACUGCGGAAAUUGCGCCAUGAGAGGAUGCAAAAACGGCUCUUCAUUCUCGACAAGGACGCCAGGUUGCGGAGCGGCGCACGAGGAUUGCAGGCCCGGAAAGCACUGGUUGAGUACGAGAAACUGGUUGCUCAGUCGGCCUCGCUGAAAGAGCAGGCAGCAGAGGACAUCUCGGCUGAGACGCUCCAGACAGAAAUCCAAGAAGCAGUUGACAUGCUGGCCGAUCUUCAACUUCAAGUCGAGCCAUCACGGAUCGCCGAUACCGAGUCGCAAGCCAAGAAGAUCCUGGCGGGUCUCGGCUUCACCGAAGCCUCCAUGUCCAAGCCUGCGCGGAGCCUCUCAGGGGGCUGGCGCAUGCGCAGCUCUCUCGCAACGGCCCUGCUCCAAGAAACUGAUAUUCUGAUUCUGGACGAGCCGACCAACUUUCUCGACCUGCUCGGCAUCAUCUGGCUACAGCGCCAUCUCCAAAGCCUCGAGGACUCCGCAGCGCCGCCCACCCUCAUUGUCGUCUCGCACGACCGCGAGUUCGCCAGCUCCGUGUGCACCGACCUGCUUAUCCUCAAGGACAAGACGCUGACCUACUUCCACGGCGACCUCCCCACCUACGAGUCGGCCCAGGCCGAGAAGAAGGUGCACCUCACCAAGAUGAAGGAAGCCCAGGACAAGCAAAAGGCGCACAUGCAGGAGACGAUCCGGCAGAACCUGGCCCAGGGCCGCAAGAAGGACGACCUAAACAAGAUCCGGCAGGCCAAGAGCCGCCAGAAGCGCCUGGACGACCGCAUGGGCAUGCAAGUCAACGAAAAGGGCGGGCGUUUCAAGCUGAACCGCGAUCUAGCCGGCUACCACUACGCCACGCGCGCCGAGAUCGAGGUACCGCACGACGAGCGGCCCGUAACUCUCUCCCUUCCCGACCCGUCCGACUUGCGCUUCCCAGGCUCGCUGAUCUCCCUCGAGGGGGUGACCUUUAGCUAUCACCACCGCCAUCGAAGCCCAAAACCCCAACCGCCGCCGGUCCUGCAAGACGUGACUCUAACCGUGUCACCAGGCGAUCGCAUCGGCAUCCUGGGCCUCAACGGCGCCGGCAAAUCCACCCUGAUCCGCCUCCUCGUCAACCCAUCCAACACCACCCCCGGUGUGUUGCAACACGGCACCAUCACCCACCACCCGCGCCUGAAGCUAGGCUACUACUCGCAGCACGCGGUAGCCGCACUACAAACCCUCGCGCGCGUGCAGCCCGACCUGACCGCGCUGUCGUUGCUCACGAGAGAAACCUCAUCAUCAUCAUCUGGUGGUGGAGAGGGGGAGCUGUUGUCGGAGGGCGACCUGCGCGGGAUACUCGCCCGCGUGGGGCUCCCGGGCCGGCUGGCCACCGACGUGCCCGUGGCCAAGCUGUCGGGCGGCCAGCUGGUGAGGCUGGAGCUGGCGCGCCUGCUGUGGCGAAGGCCGGGGUGUCUUGUCCUGGACGAGGUUACUACUCAUCUCGAUUACGAGACUGUUUCGGCGCUCCGGGCGGCGCUGAGGGCCUGGCCCGGCGCUGUGGUUCUCGUUUCGCACGAUCGGUGGUUUGUUAGGGGGGUUGUUGAGGGUGUGGUGGAUGAGGAGGAGGAGGGCGAUGAUGAGUAUGACGAUGGGGACGGAGGGAGUGACGGGGGGAGGGCUGGGGAAGGGACGGCGGGGGGAAGGAGGACGAGGGUGGUGUAUAAGUUGGCUGGGGGUAAGUUGGUGGAGUUGGAGGACGGGGUGAGGCAGUUUGAGGAGGGCAUGGAGAGGAGGGUUAGGAAAUUGAUGGGAGGGUAG